UGUCAGAAUGACGUAGCAUCAGUCAGUGAAAUUUUCUCGGUUAAGCUUUGGUGGCGGCGCACCCCGUUGAAAUGCCUGUGGUCUAUAAAUGUGUUCAAAAGGAAAGUGUUUGUUGAAGUGCUGCGGGGGCAUAAAGAACGUAUCAUCAACAGCAACCAACAUUGCAAAUAAAGAGGUAGAGCGUGCUCGAAAACUGCCAUCCUCCGAAGCCGAGAUUCGCACUCAUCACUCUUUGAUAAAGAAUCCAGACGUACUGACAGAUCAAAUGGGUGACUCCAAAACGGUUCAUGUCGCUACCGAAACCAGAGAAGCCGGAACUGCAAUUGACAAGAGUCUGGUCAAACGAAAACGCACCGUAAAACGGCUUCAUUCCGCUGCUAAUGUAAAAUAUAUGGGAGAAGCGGAGAAAAUAGGAAGGUCGACGAGUCGGAGAUUCACCGAUCCGGAGGCUAGAGAGUUCGGUUUGAGGGUGUUUUCGCAGAUUGCGUCCACUGGAAAUCUGCUAAAUAAGGACGAGCAGAAAGUUUGGGACGAAACUGCCGAAAAUGUCGCCGAAGUUUUGAGAGCGAGAGGAACUAGACUCAAGCUUGAUUCGACAAGCACCGUGAACUUGAAUGACAGAUUUGUACCGCAAAUUAUGAAAGCACAUAAGAAGAGAGGACCGCAGGAAAUCAAAUACGGUUUUUUGUUGCCGCCGACCAGAACACCACCAAAGUUGCUGUUGGUUUUUACCCAACACGAUGCCGUUGUUGACACUCAAACAAAAGCGGCGGAAAAACUCGGAUUCGAAGUGACUGUCGUCGGUUCUGAAGACGCUGCAUUAGAACAAUUCCAACAAAAAUCACACGAACUUGUGAUUAUAGACACACGCUCGCCGAAAUCAAUCGAUUACAACACAUUAUGUCGAUCAAUCAGAAACACGAGGGGAAGUCAACAUUCGGCUUUGGUAGCUGUCGUAAGAAAAAGCAUGUUCGAAAAAGAUGACGUGGCUAUUAUGGCGCUACUGGAUUCGGGAUUUAAUAGGUGCAUUGUAGAGAACACGAAUUUAAUCUGGAUGGUCAACGAGAUCAUCCAACUGAAACACAGUGAUAUCCAGCCUAUGGCUCAACACGCGACCUGUCAGUCCGUGUAUGCAGCUUUGGACAAAUGCAAAGACGUGGUUAUUAUAACCGACGAUAGUUAUCGAUGUCAGUACGCGAACAGAUCUUGCGAAAAAUAUCUGAGUAUAAAACCCGACGAGAUUUUGGGUAAGACGCUUCAAGAGCAAUUAGCUUACGAUGCUCUCCAAAUAACAACAAUGGGCUCGUCGUUACACAGAGGUCGAGAAUGGAACGGGGCUCUGACGUUGAAGAAAAAAAGCAACGAACCGAUUUUGACCUCGUGUCGGGCUGUGCCCAUUUCGUGUGCCGGAAGACUACCAACACAUUUUGUGAUGGUUUUGGACACUUCGCAUUCCUAUGACGCGAUAGGACAAUCACGAGGAAGUCUUCCCUCGGUCAGAAGGGGGUCGACGGAUGUAAGGAGUGUCGGGAGUGACAACAUGAGGAGGACUUCCUUGGCGAAAAUGCCUCUGGAGGCUCCCAUCACCAAGUUAAUUACUCUGAUCGAUCAAGCGAAAGACACAUCUCCGGCGAACCCUCAGCUGGUGCAAUUACUCGAAAGGGUGGAAGAAAUUCUGCGAGGUCCCGAAUUAUACGCGCCCCAAGUGAAAGAGGACCGCCACGAGGAGCCCAUCGUAUCGGAGCUGAUCUCGGCUUUGCUCUCCAAACAAUCUCAGCCUUCGCUCGCCCUGUCUUCGCGAAGAAGCAGUAACGAUUCGUCGGUGUAUCGACCAUCGAAAGGUGGCGUCAUCAAAGUCCCAGCACAGCUGAAGGAGCUCCUCGACGAGUCCCUAUCGUGGGAAUUUGACAUUUUUCGUUUGGAAGAGUUGACGAAAAAACGACCGCUUCAAUAUUUAGGAAUGAAUCUUUUUAAUAACUUCGACGUGGCUGCGGUCCUCAAUUGUGACGAAAAAGUUCUCUAUAAUUGGCUCAUUAUUAUCGAGGCCAAUUAUCAUACCGAUAAUACCUAUCACAACUCGACACAUGCCGCCGACGUAAUGCAGGCAACGGCAGGCUUUCUGGAAAGAGAGAAGCUGAAAUCGAUCAUGGACCCACUCGACGAGGCAACAAGUCUAAUAGCAGCCGCUGCUCACGACGUCGACCAUCCAGGCAAAUCCAACGCAUUCUUGUCGAACUCGGACAAUCCAUUAGCUAUAUUAUAUAACGACAUAACCAUUUUAGAAUCGCACCAUGCAGCCCUCAUGUUCAAAUUAACUUUAGGUGACGAGAGAGUAAACGUUUUUAAAAAUCUAGACAGGGAGACGUACAAGAUCGCCCGACACAACGUGAUCGACAUGAUUCUAGCAACUGAAAUGACAAAACAUUUUGAGCAUCUGGCAAAGUUCGUUAAUGUUUUCUGCACGAAAACGUCCAAUAGUGAUAUCGAACUGGGCGAUCAGGACUUUCCGCUCCUGACGCAACCGGAGAACAUCACCCUGAUCAAGCGGAUGAUGAUAAAGUGUUCCGACGUUUCGAAUCCGACGAGACCUUUGAGAUUGUGCGUCGAAUGGGCGAGGAGGAUCGCUGAGGAGUAUUUCCAGCAGACGGACGAGGAGAAAGAACGGGGUCUGCCCGUGGUCAUGCCGAUGUUCGACAGGAACACUUGCUCCAUUCCCAAAUCGCAAAUUGGAUUUGUCGAUUAUAUCAUCAAUGACAUGUUUGAAGCUUGGAAUGCUUUCAUCGAUAUGCCCGAUUUAAUAACGUACAUGAGACAGAAUUACAUCAGGUGGAAGGAGUUCGACGAACAAGGUCUGAAUACCUUAGCUGAUAUUAGUAAACUUCAAACUAGCGUACUUAUGUGUCCGAUGUUUCCGCUGAAAUCUUCAAAAUCCAACUGAUGCAAACUGUUUCGUCACAGUGUUGACGCCGAUAAAUUGAAGAAAUUGUUGCGAAAAAAACUGUGAAUGUGAACUAACAAAAUGUGCAUAUCGUGUUAUUUAUAUAUCUAUAUAUUAUACAGUUUAUACUAUAAAUAAAAGUAUUGCGUACCUCAUUA